CUCCUUUGACUGAUCAGAUCUGGGAGGAGGCCAGUGGCAUUUGCAGGUGGAGAAGAGCUGAGCUGAGUGGAGCCAUGGCAGCUGCCCAGGGAGGGAAGAGGAGACAGCCUUUGAGGACACAGAAGGCCCAGCAAGAUGAGCCACGGGCCGCCCCCAAGCAGGGGAAGCACCAGCCCCAGGCGGGGCAUCAGAUGAGGCAGAAGCCAGUGGCGAAGCAGCUGAAGAGCUGCCAGGGGAAGAAGGGCCUGGGGAAGAACGGUGUCCCUGCCCGUUAUGCCUCCCGGAUGCUGCAGCAGAUGAGGAAGGUGCGCAUGUCGGCCAAGGCCAAGGGGCUGAUGAAAUCCUUCAUGGCCGAUCUCUACAGCCAGGUAUCCACCGAGGCCGAGCACCUGAGGAAGCAGAAACAGCUCCCCGCCUUGGGCUCCUCAGAGGUGCAAGCUGCCCUGCAGCAGGUGAUGCCGAGGGAAGUGGCCAAGCACUCAGCCACCCCCGUCUGCAACGAGUCCGCAUAGAGAAACAAACACCAGCCUGAGAGACACCAACACUUGCCUGAUUAGAAAGAGGACAUUGCUUAAAAGAUGAUGAGAGAAUUUUCCUUAGGUGCCAACCUCACAGUAUUUUAUGCAAGAGACUGAGCUAUAGGAGAGACUGCAUCACUGAGAGACACUUUCCAUUGCUGCAAACUAGAAAUAACUGAGAAACUCUUCUUCGUGAAACAGAACUUUGUCAGAUCUCCACACUGAGUGAAAGACAGUCCAAGAUGCAACCCUUGUGCUGAAUCCGGAAGAGCCGAACAAGUUCAUUGUCAAAAAGAACCUAACAACUCUGUAUUGGACCAAUGAAAGAGACUGCUCUUGCUUGGGAAAAAGAGAUCUCCAUACCAAGGACUGAAUGAGCCAGAGACUCCAUCAUGGUGAAACAGAAAGAAAAGACAAAAUAUAGAGAUUUGUCCUCACUCGAAAUGAGAGGAUGUUAUGUGAUGUGCAUUAUCCUAAAGCAAAUAAAACCAUCAACUUGCCAUUGUAAUAAACCAGGAUUUUUAACAGCAGUUUUUGG